AUGGUAUAUAGAAAGAAUAUGGCAGGAUUCAUGUUUCAAGUCUUAAGUUUGAUGUUUUGCUUACAUACAAUUGUUUUGGUUAAAGAAGAGGCCGGUGGAGAAACGGAAACAUAUAUAUACCGUGCAGAAUUAGCACAGCGUGGCAAAAGAUACGACGACAUGAUGUCCUUCAUGAAAAAUAUUGCAGAGAUGAAUAUCGAGUUGUCGCAUAAGGAAAGGGUAUUGCUUACUUCAGCUUACACAAAUGCCAUUGAUAAUCGUCGAUUAUUCUGGACAUCUUUGAGAAAUGUCGAGGAAAAGGAAAUCGGAAAACGGCUUCAAAUUGCAAUGAAUUACAGGACAGAAAUUGGAAAAGAAGUAUUUGAUAUUUGCACAGACUUUUUAACAAUUCUAAAUAAUCGAAAAUUGUACCCACCUGCUAAUGAUACAGAAAGUAAAAUUGAUUUUCUUACAAUGAAAGGAAAUCAAUAUCGUUUUAUCACUGAAAUUUCACUAGGAAAUGAAACUGCGGCUGAAAUUGCAACAGAAAUAUACAAGGAAGGGUAUAAUUUAUUAAACGAGAACAUAUCGCCAUUAAACCCAGUCCGGCUAAUGUUUAUUGGCAGCUAUGUUUCUUUUCUACUAGACACAGAAAAGAACUACACUAAAGCUAUUGCUGUAACCCAAAUAGAAUACGAUUUGAUAAAAAGUUUGAAUCAAGAACUUUAAGUGAAAUAAAUCAGACGAAUGUGCAUCGGAAACAAUGAUAAAGAUUUACAACAAA